AUGUUGUGCAUUCCAAAGGCGAAUCACAAGAAACUUUUUGAAGAUUGCUACCCUGCGGCCAAGGCACUAGCCGGCACUGCGCCCGAGUACCGCCCGAAUGCGAAUGAACUAGGGCGUCUGUGCUAUUAUGCCCAGAGCAAGCCCGCGAAGUUGAUCAAGGUGGGCCGGCUGCUCGCCGUGCGCGCGGCUGCUGAAUGCCGAGCAUUUCGUGCGGCACCCAGCGACAAGACCAAGGCGCUUCUGAUGAUCACCCUCGGUAUCCUGAAGGAGCUUGUCGCGACGUGCGGUGAGGGCCAUGUGUACAUUGCGCCUACGGUACAAAGCGUACUCACUGAGGCGCUGCAGGUGUCUAGCUCGCGCACGUUUUGGGAUGCCGAUGUGAAUGCGCGCGCCGCAGCUAUCUUCGCAAUCUAUGUUGAGAGCCUCGAGCCGGCUGAUAUGGAAAUCGAUGAAUGUGUCUCGAGCGCGGUGCUCCAUGUGCUGGCGGAGCUGUGCCAGACGGGUGUGAAUGCCGCCAAAGACGAACGUGCGUAUGUGAACAGCCUGGCGGGCAUGGAUGCCAUUGUCCGGGCGCCGAUAUUUACGACGUCAGCCCUACCUCGGCUGCAUGCGCUCAUUGCGCCUUGUGUGCUGCAGCGCAUUUACGCGUCGUAUGCCCGUAUGGACGGAACGGCGACAAUGCCGAGCGAGCCUUCGAUACCCGUGAUUAUGCCGUCUACUCAGUCUACCACAACCGAACAGACAGCCAAUGUGGCACUCACGGUCCUGCACCACAUCCUCGAUGCGUGCGAUGCCGUGCAUCUACACACGGUCGUGCAGCAGAUCCUCGCAUGGAUCGACGCACCUGCCGAAGGAGCGGCGCCGCUGUGGGACGCCGGUGAAUGGACCGUUUGGCUGCUGGGACUCGUUGCGCAGUGGGCGCCCAAGUCGUCGCGCUAUGCGGUACCACACACCAUUGUCGACGCGCUCGCCACGCCGAUGGCACGCUCCAGUCUUCGCGAGACACGCCUACUGCAGGCGCUGCAUGUGAUCCUCGCGAGCAAGACUGAGAUUAUCGGCCUCAACAUGACGGAGAUGUUUGAUGGCCACAUUCACUUUUUGCUUGCGCACGUCCAGCGCGACGUACACGAUCCCGCGAUCCAGGCCACGAUCGAGGCUGCUGGCCAUCUCGCAUCGCACACCGUGUACUCGGAGCAGUUGGGCGAUUUCGUGCAGCAGAUGACACCGCACCUGCAGCGGGUCCAGCAGGACGAGACGCUCUCUGCCGAGACAAAGGCUGUGUCGCUGUGUGCGCUGCUGUACUGCCUGCUCCGCAUUGUCCAUGCUCCUGCAGGUACUCUGCAUGUUCCGCUCAGUAGCUGGGCUGGUACAGAGACCCUGCUCCUUUCGUCCAGCUCAGUUGUACGCGCAACAUACCUACAUGUGCUACUGGCCUACCUGCAGUACGAGCAGAACCUUGGCCUACGCGCGGGAACCCCUUCAGAGACACUCUUGGAGAGUCUCGGGUUUCUGCACUCGCUUGCGGCGCACAUAUGGAUCCUGGCGUCCGCGCACCUGCCAGGCGCGGCGGACGCACUGGAUCCAGCGCUGGUGCAUGUCUCGCGCACGCAGCUGCAGGACCUGCAGAGUACGCCUUCUGACUUUGCGCUGCUGCGUGGCGUGCUGAAUCUGCUCGUUGUCGUGGCCCCUGCGCCGUCGACGCUGGCGCUGGUCCCAGCACUCUUUGGACUGGAGCGCGUGGCUAGUGCGCCUGCGGUGGGCGAUCUUAUCCUGGUCCACCAGACUCUUGCGUGCCGCUGGCUCGUAGGCGGACUGCUGGCACAGAUGUGCGCGGUGUGGCAGUCACAGCGCGGUGUUGACUACCUGCACUUCCAGGUGCUGCCAUCUGUGCAGGCUAUCCAGUUCACUGCGCCUGUUUUGCCUGAGCGCUUCCAGUUGAUGCCAGAGUUACCGCCCUUCUCAUCGGGCCCGUACCACCAGGCAAGCCAGAGUCCCAUGGAUGUGGCAGUAGUGAGCGACGCUCUCGCUGCCAGUGUAAGCCUGCAGAGCAUGGUGCACGUGGAUGACGAGGCCCUCCAGGUAUGGUUCCUGCGUCCUUGGACAGUGCGCUCGGGACUGGACGAUGCGCGUGUGUCAGCGCGUCCCACAUGGACGAGCUGGACGCCACCGACGGAGCUCCAUGCGGCGGAUGGCUCGCCGAAGGCCGCCCGUGGCCUCAACAUGAGUGUGAGCCAGCUUCGUAUGGCUCUCGCGAGCCCCGACAGUCAUGCCCAGCCUGUGGGGUCGUCGACGCCAGCGCGGGCAGGCUCCCUGUUUACGAAGGACUCGCGCCGCCGCCUCCGCAGUCGCAGCCACCUGCAGGCCGAGAUGCCUGGCGACAUUUCGGACCUGCUCGACAGGUUCUCAGUGUCUCCAGGGCGCCCGGCUGCGGCGCCUGCGUCGCCACGCGACCCGCGGCUGCACCUCUCACUAACGUAA